AGGUGGUUUCACUCGAAUGUUUCUGGUUAUGAUGCAGAAAAGUUGUUGUUAGAGAGAGGUUUCGAUGGCAGCUAUCUUGUUCGUCCAAGCAAGAGUAAUCCUGGGGACUUUACGCUGUCAGUUAGGUAAGUGCAACAGGAUUGUAAGUAAGACAAUCGUGGUCUAAGAAAAAAAGGUUAAAAAUUUACUUCCUCUUUUCGCCAUCGCUUGGUGUUGCGUUUAAGCGGGUGAGAUGAGUUGAGCUGGAAGAGAGUGGCGCUUGAAUUGGUCACUGAUCACGAUCGAUAUAGAAUUUCCUUCCCUGAGGGUGAUUUUUUUCUUAAAAAAUUGGAUAACAUUGAAGAGGUUUCUCAUCCUUACAUUUGCCGAUUUGCGUGAGAGGUAAGCCAAAUUUUAAGGUAGAAGGCUGAUAGAAAAUCAACUAUUUACUGAAGUGACAUUUAUAUCCGUAUGCUCAGUUUGCAUUAUAUUUUCAUCAAGAGGCAAUUAAGACCAGAUGUUGGUAGAUCAAUUUUAAAGCUAAUCGACGAUAAUCAAAAUGCAAAUUUAGCACUGUUUCAAUUUGAUCAGUGCUGUAAGCGUUGUGAAAGUUUGAUUUUGAACCGACUUCGAUCGGGAACUGCCGAAAAAUAUUGUGUUCCUGGAAAGCUACUAUGCACACAAAAAAUAUUAUCCAAGUAAUCUCUUACGCUAAUCCUAACUUUGUUCUCCGUUUUAUGUUAUCUUCCUCAACAUCUUCCCUUUAAAACACCUACGCAUUGAUGUCAGUUCUAAGAAUCAUAUGCUAACAACGUCAGUUCCAAGACAUAUGUUUAUUUUUUUCCUUUAAUUACAAUAUUGCCGCAGGUGUAGUUUCUAAUCGAACCAUUUUCUAUUUUCAAGUGUGAGACCUCAUCUUGAAUUGAUUAUUGGCUUUUCCAGUCUGUUUUUCCAGUCGGAUUUCCCUUUCUACUGAAUGGCAAUAAAACUGGAAAUUGUAUUACAAUUGAAAUUUGGUACAUGUAUUCAGACACAGAAUAGGUCUGUUGUUUGUCAGGAUUAUUCAAAAAUAUGUUGAGUUAGAUGCCUUUGUAUUUUUAGAGAUGUACAUGUAGCUUAGGAAAAGCCAAGGAAAUUUUUUAUUAGUCAAGCCAGCCUUUUAACUGAAUGUCUCUGUUUUCCAAAGCAGUCUGAGCUGGUGGACUACUGUAAGCUCUUUUUGAGCCGGUGAAAUUAUCUGGUAGCCAACUCUCAGUGACAUCCUCUUGUUUCAAUAAUUUGUUGUUUUCUUAAAGUUGCAUUUAAUACACAGACGUUACAUAAGAAUGAGACAUCAUUUUCUCUUUCCAUCUCCAACAAGGAUCGUACAGAAAAAUUUCUUGUGUAGUACCUUUAUAAAGCCUGGUUUUCUUAUGAUGUUAGCGAUUGUGGUGAUUCUGAUUGUUUGCAAUCUAGCCUUCAAAUUAUUGAUCACUGCAAUCCCUUAAAUCAUUGAAGAAUUAUUUCCUUUGUAUUGCUGUGUUAGCCUGCGAAUAUAUUCGCCUCUCAUUGCUCCCUGUUACUGGGGAAGUUUGGUGAUUAAGACCUCUGUGUUUUUGCCAAAAAAAUUUCAUAGUCAUGACCCAAAUCAAUGUUUACAUAGUUAAUUUGGUAGUCAUCGGGUUUCAGAUCAGGGCUAAAAAUAAUUUCCAGAGAGUCUCCGCACACAAUGAUCAGCCAAAUUCAUUUUACGUCGGUCACGUAUCGUUUCUGGCGGGUCAAAUUUAUGAGAUAAAUAACUCGUAAAACAUUAAGGGCCCAUGAACCAAAACUGGCGUUAUAUAUUUCCAGCCUGCAAAAUUCAGGUCGAAAUCUUACCAAAUACAAGGCGAUAAAACAUAAUAGAAAGUUAUCUUGGCUUAUUUGCCGUAAACUUCAACACCACAAUGAGCGAACAACGUUCCAAAACUACCAGGCGUAAAUUAUGUUGUGGAAAACUGGGCUCUAGUCAUGAUCAAAAAGCUUUGCCAUAGGCUCAUUCAAGUGCCUUGUUGUUAAAAUAGCAAAUGAUUAUCUCUGUUAAAAAACAUUAAACACCCUUUGUCAAAUCAGUGCAAAAUCGAAUGAUUUCUAGCGAAAUUUGGCUAGAAUAUUAGGCCAUUUUUUUACUGAUUUUUUUUGGUGAAGUUAGCCCCCAAAAUUUCCAUGAAAGUCCUGCGAAAUUUUUUCGUGAAUCUGGCUCUGAAAAUCCCACGAAACUUGACUUUUUUUCCGCGACCUAACAGAAGCCCUGAAAAAAGUCGUUGCUUAAGUAAUAAAAAUGAAAACGUUUUAAAUUUUGAAACUAGAAGUGCGUGAACCCUAGUGUCUGUUUCCAUGGGUGCAUUGUAAACAACUGUUCUUGUUGCAUUUCACUUAGGAUUUCAGAUUAAAGUUCACCAAUACACAUCUACUCCUUACUUACUGAUAACAACUGAAACAACUGAAUAGCAUGGAAAUUUUAAUUUAUUUCAUGUUCAAUACGAUCAAAUGUGAACAGUCAACAUGACCAGCAAGAUGAAAUGUUGACGGGUCAACUCCAUCCCCAAUCAGUCUGGACAUUGUCUGUUGACCAGCCAUUAUUUUGAGCCCUACAGAUGUAAAUUUAUUUGAAUUUCUAUUUUUUACGGAGCAAAUAAUUAUAUUCUCAGGAAACGAGUAUUUCUUGGUGGAUUCGGCUCCUUGUAUAUGAUCUUUGUGAACUUUUUUCUUUUGUCUGUCAUUGGUAAACAGUAGAUGAAAGAGUAUGAUUAUGGUUGCUACAUCAACCAAUCGGAGUUUCGGAAAGAGUUAACUUGUCUUUCAGUAGCUAAGCUUUUUAUUAGGCAGUUUUCCUUGAGGGAGAUGUCAGUGCAUAGGUUAGUGACUGAACUAGAUAAUAAUUAUUUUUUUAUGUUUUGGACAGGGUUAAAAAUCCCAAAUGGCUGUAGUGGCAGAGGAUUUAACCUCAUGAUCAGGAAUACCAUAAAGAAAAUUUAGCUAUUAGUUUAGUCAGUACUUGAUUUUGGGUCCUCCAGAUUGUACUUCCAAUGCUCUUCAUGUUUGUUUACGCUGUAUCAUAAGUAUAUAGUUAUGUUACUACAAUCAUGGACAAAAGUCCUUGUUACUGUCAGCAAUGCAGUAUUCAUAUUUUUCUGUCAUUUCUGGGCUCUCUCUUAAGAAAGUGCAUCCUUUUCGAAAUUUUCUUGCAGUUCUCCCUCCCCCCAUCCUAUACAAAGUUGAAACUUAGAAAAAAUUCUUUUCAAAAUCGUUUUGUGGGAGGAUAUAGAAACUUUACAUGUCAUGCAUCUAUUUGGAAUUUUAAUAUUUACACACUUGCUGUUUUUGUAUUGGAAAUCUUCAAUACUCGUUUUGCUGCACUCACUAUUGUAUCAAUUCUGCUGCAUCUACUCAUGCAUAAAUACCUUGUACUUUCCACAAAAUAUUUCGUGGACAUUUCUUUAUUUAUACUAACAUAAAGGAGCAUUUUUAUGACCACGUACAUAGAGCUACGCUGUAACUUUGAGUGAAAAUAAAGUUUAUGUAAUGUAUGACGUAUGUAAUGAUUCACUUGCAGACGAGGUGGAGAGGUGACACACAUUAAAAUUCAAAACACAGGAGAUUUUUAUGACCUGUAUGGAGGAGAGAAAUUUGCCACUCUGUCAGAGUUAAUUCUCUUUUACACCGAAAAUCCUGGGCAACUGAGGGAGAAGCAAGGUGAAGUUAUUGAACUGAAAUUCCCACUGAAUUCUACAGAUCCAACCUCUGAAAGGUUAGUUUAACAUGUUCACUCAUUGGUUCUCGUCUUACUUUCAACGUACAGUCAUGCAACUGUGUAAACUCAAAGCAGCCCCUUUUUUUGUCUUUAUAUUUUGAACAUUGUUUUUUUUACUUAUUUUUGCACCUCUUUUCACUUUUAACCUAUUAUAAUUAUGGCCUUGUAUCAUAAAUGGGUGUGCUGUUUGCUUCAGUUAAAAAUUGGCCAAGCAAAAUUAUAGUUGUUACAAGACAUCUUUCCCGCUAGGGCUCAGCUUGUAAGCUGUAGUUGUUCUUGAAACCUGUUAUUUGUUCAAUACUGUGUGCUUACAAGCCAGUUGUUGAACGCUAAUAACCCUUUAAGCAACCCUCUAAGUAGCCAAAGUCCAAAUUAGAUGAGUAUUCCAAAUUUCAUUUUUGUAAUACAUGCACUGGAAAACAGCAUGAUAGUACUAUGUGAAGUUAUUCCCAAAGAGGUUUCAAAUGAGUGGUAACACUGUAAGAUUUCAUCCACAGACUCAAAAGUUAGAACUUCAUACUAAAUGAAUAAUAACCACCAUGUUACAGAACUGCUGAAGAGGUUUCAUUUGAAUUGUAACACCAUAGGAUUUCAUCCACAGACUAAAAAGUUAGAACUACAUACAAAAUAAAUAGUACCAUGUGAAAGUACUACUGAAGAGGUUUCAUUUGAAUUGUUACACCAUAGGAUUUCAUCCACAGACUCAAAAGUUAGAACUACAUACUAAAUAAAUAGCACCAUGUGAAAGUACUACUGAAGAGGUUUAUUUGAAUGGUUACACCACAGGAUUGUUGAUAUAUUUUGUUGUCAGAUGGUUUCAUGGACACAUGUCUGGAAAGGAGGCGGAGACAAUGAUGUUGGACAAAGGAAAGAAUGGAUCUUUCCUGGUUAGAGAAAGUCAGAGCAAACCUGGAGACUUUGUUCUUACGGUCAGGUGAGUUGUCAUAGUUAUCUUUAUAUAUGUGGGGAUUUUGGCACGGUCCAUUUAGUUUUACCAAAUUAGAGGGGUAGUACCACCAAGAUUUUAUGGGUCCUGAAGAAUCUAAUGGAAUUGUUUGUAGGGCUUUCUGCAGGGAUGUUACUAAGAUUUCAAUUUGGCUGCUACAGCCUAAUAGACAUCGAUGGACUUGAAAUACGCAGCAACUUGAAUAAGUUUGGAAAGAAUAUGGCUAAGCCCUCAAGUGCAUUACUAGAAAGGUCUUUUUCCGUGUUGAGCCACUUGCACUGCCAACAGAAAAGCAGCUACAUGAAAAUUCAGGGUGAUAGAAGCCUAAUAGACAUCGAUGUCUCACUUUUGGAGCCCGAUACUCAGUAGCUUUUAUGUAAGGAAAAGGCACUGCAUCAUGGUAACCUGGCUGGCAUAUGAUGAAUUGAUAAUUGAAUACCGCAUGUUUUAGGCAGUUUGCUGUGCUGUGUAUGUUAGUGUCCCAGUUUCAGACAAUUUCCGCACACCGAUUUGUAAACACCACUGCUGAUUUCAUUCUACCUUCCACUUUUAUGACCGUUUACACUGUCCUUCUGCCUCUAUCGAGUUUGUAUUAAACCCUCUUACAGUCAAACCAUUACAACCUGCAAUUUAAAUUGAUCAAGACCAACAAAGGCACUGAAUCCUACAUUGCAGGCUUGUAUACCAGGGGCCUCGUAUGAUUUUCCUCAUAGUACAGUGUAACCCUGUUAAUACAGUCACCAAUAAUGGGUCAGAAUAAUUUAGCCAUGUUAAUGGGGUGACUGUAUAACUGGGGCAGGCUCAACUAAUUUGAAACUUUCCUUUAUUGUAUAAAACCCUUCUAUAAAUUGGCUAAAAACCACAAGUGCAUUCUUAGUGUAGUAUAGUCUAUAGAGCCAAUACAAGAAUAGACUCAGUUUACUAAGAUGUCACAGGCAAUUCAGUUUUCUAGAUUUGGUACAAGUAGCCGUUUAAACGGAAUGAAGUUAUAAAAGAUUCUGGUUUUGGGCAUUUUAAAUGUGGCCGUUGACUGUAUUAACGGGUGACCACAUUAACAGGGUUUUUUAAUAAGAAAUUGUAUGGCUGUUUUGCCGGGCCGGAAAAAAGUGGCCGUAAUAACAAGGUGACUGUAUUACCGAGGUGGCCAUAAGGCGGGGUUCCACCGUAUUCACAUGUAACCCUCGAAAUAGCAUGUGACGCUUUCAUUUUCUUUAACAGCUAAAAUCUCAUUCCUCUUGAAAUUAUAGAUAGUGCCGUGGCACCAAAAAAAAGGAGGGGGGGGGUUCCGCAACUCCUGGAACCCUCCCCUGGCUAGGCCGCUGCACUAUAUAGGCAGUUAGUUAGUGGGGAAUUGAAAAGCAAGGAAGUUAUUUUUUUUACUUUUGUUUCAAAUGAAAGUAUCUAGGGGCCAUGCUCAUAUAGUAGCUGGGCAAAUCCCCAGCCCCAGAGAUUUUGUUCCGUAUAGUUGUGCCAGAGAGUCCUGGGACUCAUCUUGUGAAAAAUCAUGAGUUCCAGUCCAGCACCAUUGUGUCCCAGUUAAAAAAACAAGUCCGAAAUUGAAAAUUACAGUAUAAUCCUUCUAUUUUAAAGCACAACAAAGGCUAAAUGAAAUGUGCAUUGUUAAACAACCGCCAUAAUAACUGCCACAUUAAUUACACUAACAGAAUAUUUGUACAAAAACACAUGUUCAGAUCGAUCAAUCGAUCUUUGCAUCCUAUGGGACAUAUGCCAUGAAUUAUUUUGUGUCUUUGGGGAUUUUUAUGCAUCAUGGAUGCAGGAUGCAAAGGUAACAGAAUCACUGCAGCCCUCCAGCUCUAUAUGACAGCCCCGACCAGUAAAAAAUUUCUUUAAAGUGGUCUAGUCUUGCGACAUGCGAAACAUGCUAAGCUAGGUGUGAACUGUUAAAAACUGUCUCUUAUUAAAGAUAAAUAGGACUUACAGUAGUAAAAAGGUGUCUUAUGUUUUCUUGUCCAAUCGGACAAGUGCUUUUAUUAGUUUUACCAGUAAUAUUGUCCAAGCCAAAAACAACCCAUCUCAGAUGGAUGGAUGGGUGAUGAACAUCCUCCAAAAUACUGGAAAUAUUUGCUUAAUUCCUUAGUAUCAAUGCGAAAUGUCUUUCUGUAUCAAGAAGUUGGCAUCUGUUUUCUACAUGUAUUCAGAGUAGCAAUUUUUGAUAUCUUACUGGUAUGUACUAAAUUAGAUUGGAGGACAAGAUUACACAUGUUAUGAUACGUUACCUAGUGGGAGAUGGUAAAUAUGAUGUUGGUGGAGGAGAGAAGUUUAAUGAUUUGACUGAUCUGGUGGAGCAUUAUAAGACAAACCCCAUGGUGGAAAAAUCUGGCACUGUUGUGCAGCUUAAAACAGUAAGUUGCAUAACUACUUUUCUCAUCAUAAUCAUGUCAAUUAAAAACAUCAAGACAAACAUCUCCUUAAUAAUAUUAGUAUUGAAUAAUAAUAAUAAUAAUAAUAAUAAUAAUGGCAAUAGUGAUGAUGAUGAUGAUGAUAAUAAUUAAUAAUAAAAGUAAUAAUAAUGCUUUCUAAAAUUAUGAUAAUUUAAUUUAAUAUUAAAUGUAUGUAGCAGUAUAAAACAAUCAAAUGCUAAAUGUUGUAAUUGAGAAAUUCAUAUUGAUGUAUUUUUAGCCAUUCAAUGCAACAAGAAUCAAUGCAGCAGCUAUUGAGGACCGAGUUAAGGUGCUGCAAAAGCAGAAUCAGAAUGUAUCUGGAAAGGCUGGCUUUUAUGAAGAAUUUGAGGUGAGAAAGACAAAGACAGCAGUAGUGUCCAUUGUUCUUGAGGACCCUUGUUGAAACCGUGAAUCGUAUUGCUCCUUAUACAUGUAUUACUAUACUUCUCAAACUUUCCUUUGCUUCCCUUUGUGACUGAAGAUUUCUUUUCCGCAUCUACUGAGGUCGUGAUCAUUCUAAUAUUGUGUUACCAUUGAUGAGAGAGGUAUUGUAUAUGGCACUGUGCAGCAGCAUGUUUACAUGUUUAUAUGGCAUCACACAACAUACUUUGUAAGAACCUGGAUAUCCAUGCCAGUUUAAGUGAUUUGGCCAUAGUCUCUAUGCUUUCUGCACAGCUGUUCUAGGUUUGUAAACAUCAACAAAAGCUUGAAUUUUCAUAUCACCCUGAGAAAGCAGAUACCAGAAAGGAGGAAACUAUAUAUUAUGUUGCAUUUUUUAUUUUUUUGUAAUUACAGUCUUUCUAAAUUCUCUUAAUGUUGCCUGCAUAGGUUCUUCAAAAACAAGAGUGUAAACAUCUUUACAGCAGAAAAGAAGGUGAAAGAGUUGAGAACAAGCCCAAGAACAGAUACAAGAACAUUCUACCGUGUGAGUUGUGUUCAUUUGUUUGAUGAGUUUCUUUGUUUACAAGCAGCAUAACUUAAAAAGACAAUCCCCAAGGAUGUAAGUAAUUUGCACAAUUGGUCCAUCGUAGAUGGUGUAGUUUAAAGAAAUUCAGGAUAAAGUGGUUUUGUCUUUCGCAGAUUGUCAAUUUCCCUAAUAAUUAUAAAAAUAAGUAAUGUCAAUUUCCAUGGCCUCAUUUACAUGUAUUAUCUGCUGUCACUCUGGAAAUGUACUCGAAGGGCUUUCCCAAUAUAUGGAAUUAACAUAAGACUUAGUCUGCUACACAGCCGUUUUUAGUGUCGUCACGCAACGCUCCUCCCCACUAACGGCUGCUGAAAACCGAACUACAUUCCUCUCCCGUCAUUAGCCAAUAAUUAUUAUUAUAAUUCAGCUCCCAUUUUCUGGAAAGUGUUCGCGCCACCUUUGCGGUACUGUGACUCCUCCAAUCACAGCUUUGCUUUUAUCGUUGCCCCAUGUGUGAAUGACAGAAUAAUCAAAAUCGUCGCGUGAAAGCAAGCAAUUAACUACAGUGUUGUCGUAGUCGAGUCCUAUUCAAAAUUUAGGAGAUAAGCAGCAACAGCAAGAAAGUCGAGCAAAUUGUGAUUCACAACAUGGAUGUGCUCAUAAAGUUGCCAGGUAUAGUUUCGGGAAAUUGCUCAUCGAUAAUUUAUAAGAUUGCUUUUUGACUCAGUACCCUUGAGAGUUUACUCUUCACAGAACACAAUGAGCACAUCCGGUACAUUAAAUUCUUCACUACAUAUCAGCACAUAUGCAUGUUAAAUGAAGAACCAACCUAUCCUGGUAAAAGUUUUCUAGGCCUAUCAAACCUUCUUUUCACUUGGAACUUUCUUGAUCGCUUAAAACAAACUUUUUUGCAAAUUAACCUUUUCGUUGCUUGAAAACACAGAGCCCGUCUAAAUUCAGCGACGAUUGAUUGAUUUGUCGAAAACUGAAAAGCGUGCUUGCUGCCUAGCGCCCUGCGGCUCACGUAUGGUCAAAUUUCUUGUACAUGAUUGGUUUGUUUGUUAGACCACAAACACAAAGGGAAAGGAAUGUAGUUCGGUUUUCAGCAGCCGUUAGUGGGGAGGAGCAUUGCGUGACGACACUAAAAACAGCUGUGUAGCAGACUGCAUAAGACUGAAAUAUUUUUCUUUGAAAAGGCUUACCCACCCUUAUUCGCUAGGGUCAUUUUCAUUUUCUUCACUUUAUUCAUUUUCGAACUAUAGUCUCGAUAUUGUCUAAGUUCAGCUCUGACGCCAGCACUUACCAACAAUUUCUUAAGAUUUGUGCACUUUGUUACCAACCAGAUGCCUAUCCCGUUGAUUUGGUAUGCCAAUGACCCCUCCCCUCACCCCACUCUGGUCCAUGUCAUUUAGUUGAGGGUAGGAAUGAUCCAGCCCGACGUCAACCUGUUUUGGGGGGGUGGGGGGUGGAGAGGGGGAUUUAUUUGUAAUCACCAGUGCUUUCUUUAUCUUGAAAUUAGACUAGACAACGCUCGCUUUCCCUAAUUAACAUUUUUGUCCAACUUUGGAAGGUUUGGAAGGUUUUCCAACCCAGAUUAGUUAUGAUUGUGAAUAAUGCCAACAAUUUCUUUUGUAUCCUAAUUCUUGGGUAGAAUCAUAUGAAAAAUAAGUAUUUGGGGACCAAUGAAAUUGUGUAAAGCUGAAACCAUUCUCCCCUGAACUGAAAUUUGAACUUCAUCAUAAACCUUUUAAUCCUCAAGACUUUAAAACAUAAACUUUCAGAAAAACACUGAAAUACCAUUUUUAAGGAAAAAUUUAAAAUCAGAUUUGAAAAACUGCUACAUAAGAGGUUUCUUUUGUGCUGUUCAAACACCAGAUUUCUUUCAUAGCCAUCCUAGUGCUUGGACAUUCGUUGAAGAGAUUUCCGCCAUUAUUGAACCGACCAUUCUUUGGGCAACAUUAAUAAUUUUAUUUCAUUAAUUAUUUUAAUAUGGACACAACUUUGCUAUCAACAAUUUAACAAUUAGUUCAUGCGUCAGCGUGCGUAUGUCGAGAUAUUGAGCACGCGGGAAGUUUGGAGAGCACGAAAGAGGCGUAAGAGUUGCACGAGGCGCAGCCGAGUGCAACUCUAGCCUCUUGAGUGCUCUCCAAACUUCCCAAGUGCUCAAUAUCUCGACAUACGCACAGCUGCAGCAUGAACUAAUUGUUUUAUAACAUUAUCAAAGUGAUCAAUGCAGCAGUUAACUGAAAAUUUUAUUAUUGAAGGGCGCGCUCAAAGCAGUACGCGUCAAUGUUUACGUGAAUAUAUCUUUUUUCCUCACAGUUAAUCUUAUGUUUUUAUCCUGAAACUGAGAGAAAGUGUACUCUAAAAUGAUUGUAAAAUCCAUAUUUAGGUGCCGGAAAACUAUUAAUUUACCGAAAAAUUGUUAUUGAGAGAAAACAACUUUGCAAAGAAUGAGCUCACGCCAUAGCCCGCACAGCUCGCGGAGAUGACAACAACAACAACAACACUCACCUCUUUUCCUUACUAUCGGUUAACAAAUUCAAACGUUUCCUCUUAAAUUUCUUUACAAAACACAUGGUAAACGCUUCAUUGUCUAUUGCUGAGUUAUGGAUGCACUCAAGAGACUCAGGAUUGCUAAGCUCACAACAACUCGAGGAAUUACGAAUAGUUUAUUGACGUCAUCAGCGUGCUCAAUAGGAAUAUGAAGCACGCUCGCGCUAUUGAAUUUGAUUAGGCGAAUUUUCUAGCUAUGUUAUAAAUAUUUUUGGCUCUCCUAUUACACUCUGUUCUGAUUUCUGCUUCUGUUUUAUCUCUACUUCACUCAGUUGAUCACAGUCGAGUUGUUUUGCGUGGUGGUGACCCAAAUGUUGUGGGAUCAGAUUACAUCAAUGCAAACUUUGUUGGGGUAAGUUAUUUCUUGAUUUUUAACCAUUCAUCAUUUGAGUUAUUUCAUGGGAAUUGAAUUCCUCAACAUUUAACGAGUAAUUCCUACUUACAAGAGUCCUUUUGUCGCCUUGAUUUAAUAGUGUAGUGCACAAUAAGUUGUGUUUCAGUUGUUUUGUUUCCUUUGAAAGGGAAAGCCCUUUGCGAAUUCGAACUGCAUGGAAAACAAAGUUUUGGCCAAAAUUCUUGGUACACAACGAUUGUUUAUGUGAUGGCCCAAUGGUCACCAGGUCUUUGGUUUGAGCAUAUUCACAUCGAUUUAAACCAUUGUUUAACCCUGAUUGCUUGGCUAAAAGCAACUAUUAGUGUUUCUGUUUGUACACUAUUUUAAAAGCUUGUCUGUGACAGUGUUACUACCAUAUCAUGUCAAUGGUACCCAUACACAAAUUAAUGAUGAACUAUCAUCCCAUCCAGGACGUUUUUCGAUCUUUCAUCAUAAACUGUUUAUUGUUCAUUGCAGCCUAGUGACUCUGACGAAUCAUCCAAGAGAUACAUUGCGGCUCAAGGCUGCCUUCCAACCACCGUAGAAGAUUUCUGGAAAAUGGCCUUUCAAGAGAACAGUCGGAUCAUUGUCAUGACAACAAAGGAAGUGGAAAGAGGAAGGGUGAGUACAUUAUAAUAAAAGUGUUGACCUUUAAACUCUGUUAUUUACAUUGUACUCAUUAUCUGUCCUCUCUGUCUUCUCAUUGGCUAAGAGCCUAAAGCUAAUUUUGGAAAUCUGCGCAACUUACAGAUUAGUAAUUAGUUAUAUGCUAGUAGAUAACUGGCUAAUCUGUAGGUUGCACGAGCAAUGCAUGAUUUCCAAUAACAAUAAUUAUAUCACUUCAGGUUCCUUGCAACAGUCUGUUUCUUGAUUUUCUUCAAAACAAUGUAUGAUAAAACAAUAUUAUUGGAUUCGGUUUUUGUGAUAUCCGACAUAAUCAAGGUCUCUGUUACCUUGACCUUGAUUAUUCUGGAUAUCACAUUGCCAGUCCUGGAAAGUCAUGGAAAAUAAAAGUUGUGUUAGUGCAGAUGUCAAAGCAAGGGUAGUGUAAGAUAGAGGUUUUGAUGACUGUGAGACUGUCACUAAAAACUUCAUCAUGAAUGCUCCAUCUUUCUUACAAUGUAAGUGUCAAGCGUUACUGAAGUGCGUUGAACCUUAUGUGUUCCCCAGUUUUUUUUUUAACUCAUUGUUUCGAACAUUUUUUAUUACAAUUAUUAAAUCAACGCUUAAAUACAGCACAUUACUUGUAUAUAUAUACAAUAAUUUAAUUAUUAAAUUAUUGUAGUUGUACAAAAAUUAUUUUAAGAUUGUUAUUGAUGCUGUGUUAUUUUACAGAACAAGUGUACACGUUACUGGCCUGAUCCUAAUACCACUAAAGAUGUUGGUCCAUAUCAUGUACGAUACAUGAAGGAGACAGAGUACACUGAAUACAUGCUAAGAGAGUUUGAGCUGACGUCACUUGAUGAUGUAAGUUGCACUUCUUUUAUCCAAAAUAUGGCUUUGCAUACUAUAAGCAUUUAUGAUUCAUUAGUCAUCAUUAUUCAUUGUGUACCUUGAAUGCUUGAAUUAGCACAUGGGGCACUGAAUACAAGAUUAGUAUUUCUCUAAAAAAUUCAGAGUGGGUUGGGGGGUGGGGUGGGGGGGCUUAUUUCAUCUUUCAACUUUUGGCCUUAAAGAUGCUAGAUUUCCAGUAAUGUAAUACUGGAAACAGUGAUCUAGAAAGUACCUGUCACAAGAAACUCAAAUCUGCUUAUGGUCACUCUAGAAGUCCUGGUUUUGCUAAGUUUUAGCAUUGUAAACCUUCUAUCCUACUUCUAUGCCAUGUAUAUCUUAGCUUCUUGGGAAAGGUGUGUGGCACUUACACUUUACUUGAAGUAAGCCCUUUGUCAAUAUUUUUAGCCUGAAGUGGGUCUCUUACACUGUAUUUGAAUCUUGCUCAUCAAAGUCAACAACAUUAUCAUAUAGUAUUGAAUCUUACCAUUGUCCAAGCAACCCACUCAAACAUGUUUUAGUUGAGGAUGCAAAUGCUGAAACAUGACCCUUUUUUGCUUUCAAUAAUGCUAUUUUCUGUCUUUUCUUUGUAAAAGAGGACUUGAGCACUUAUUCUGUAUUUUUUAAAAUUUACUUUGAAAGUCAUUCAAGCCUUUAAUAGGAACUUUACUAGUGGCAACCACGUUAUCCUCUUUAAACUUCAUUGACUCCCGAUUUCUUACCGUGUUGUGUUCAAGUUACUUUUGCUGAUUUUUAAAACUCUAAAAAAUGGUCAUGGGCUUCGGUACUUGGUCGAAUUACUUCAACACCAUAAGCAUUCCAGGACAAUUCGUUCAAAUUCUCAAGACCUACUUUGGCAGCAAAAAUCCAAUACUAAAUCUUAUCAUGACAGGGCAUUUUCCACAUGUGCCCCAAGACUGUGGACAGUAUUCUUUAAGACAUUCAUAAAUCAAACAGUUUUUGUACAUUUAAAAAUGAUUUCAAGACCUACCUUUUUUAGGAAAAUAAUUACCGGUAGUCUAACGUUUUCACCGAUAAAGCGUCCUUUAAUGUAACCAGUUUGGUCAGAGUUUAUGAUUUUAGGGAGGACUUUUUCUAGUCUUUUUGCAAUAGAUUUUGUCAGAAUUUUGUAAUCAACGUUUAGUAGAGAUAUGGGUCGCAGGUUUUCAAGUAAAGUUUUGUCUUUGUUCUUUUUGGGGAUGAGUGAAAUGAUUCCGCGCUUUUGGCUGAUAGAUAGUGAACCUUUUUGGAAAGCAUAAUUAAAACUGGCAGUCAUCUCAGUGCCAAGGUCACUCCAGAAGAAUUUGUAGAAUUCUGCAGAAAAACCAUCAGUUCCUGGUGUUUUAUUGUUUUUAAACUCUUUUAAGGCGGUUAAGCAUUCUUCUUUUGAAAUCAUGCCUUCACACAGUAUUUGUUCGUUUUCAUCUAGCGGAUCAAUAUUCUCUAAAUUGAAUACGGUAGUAAUAGGUUAAUUUAUUACCAGAUUUUAAUGUUUUAUAUCUUCUUAUUCUUAUGUUUAUUUUUUACAUAUUAAUUGUUAUUAUUUUUAAUAUUGUUGUAAAGCGGCACAAACAACUAGUGGAUGUGAGCAAUAUACCGGUAGAAGUGUUUUCUUAUUAUUAUUAUUAUUAUUAUUAUUAUUAUGUCAUUUCUCGUGUGCACUUAUGGUGAAAUUGCCUGUAGCAGGCCUUGUCUGACAGAGUGUUGAAUUCUUGAAAAAGUCUUGAAAUUUGCUCAGCAAUUUUCCAGACCUGGAAAAAGUCUGGAAAAUGGAGAUAGUCGAGAUAAAGUAUGGAAAAAUGGUUUUUUCAAAGCUACGACGAGUGCUUUAUAAUUUUUUUUGGUUUUGGUCAAAUCUUAAUCGAUCUCGCCCAUACGUUUGCAAAAAAAGCUUUGUUCCUGCGAUUUUUAUGGUCUUUAUUGAUCACCUAUUUGAUAACCUCGAGUGUGGACAAAGAGAAUAUUGUUUUGGAAAAAAGUCUUGAAAAAGUCUUGAAUUUUGAAUCCACUACUCCUUCUACCCUGCUGUAGCCAUAUCCUGAUUGUGUAUAUGAAAUUUCAUAAACUCACUUUGUAGUAUGGUUUGUUUUUAUGUCAUGUUACAGCCUAUACCUCGAACAAUAUACCAGUUCCAUUACACUGGCUGGCCAGAUCACGGUGUUCCAAAAGACCCAAGCCCUGUAUUACAUAUUCUUCAUGAAGUGAAUUCAAGACAACAGUCCAUUCCAAUGGCUGGGCCAAUUAUUGUUCAUUGCAGGUACAUGGAAAUUAUUUUAUCAGGUUUAAAAACUCGAGGCAAAGCCGAGAAUUUUUACACCUGAUUAUAUAUUUCUGCGAGUUUUUUCAAUGGCUUUAAAAUCUCUGACAUAUACUCAUUCUUGCGCUAAUAUUUAGAUUUGGGGUUAUUUUGGUCUAAAAAAUUGGACGUUAAGCUUAUUUUAUUUUUGUUUUGAGUUACAGCUUAGGAACUGAGUUGAAACUGUCUUUUAUUCUUUCAGUGCUGGAAUAGGAAGGACUGGAACAUUCAUUGUUAUAGAUAACCUGGUCAACAUGAUCAAGGAGCAAGGUACUGUGCUUUAUAGUACAAUCAUGAGUAAACUCCUGCUUAUUUUUUUGCGUUUCUCAGGCGAUUGAUGGCAAGUGUGAGACAUGCGUCAGCGCAACACACGCGCGAUGGGGAGAAUGCGCGCAACGUGUCUCGCGCUUUACGCCCGCCUCGCACUCGCUCUCGCUUGCUUGAAAAACGCCAAAACAAUCAGGUCUGUUCUUCAGGCAAACGUUCUGUGAAGUGAGAAAUGGUGAAAAAUGAAAAAAAUGGACGAAAAAUAAUGAAAAGAAAAAUUCACUUUAUGUGAGUGUCAAUGUAUUUAACACGAACGUACUAACUGGGGACACUAUAUUAACGUCUCCUACUAUGAGCCUACUGGAGUCGGGAUCGCCAUUUAUGUGGUCACCCGAGCCAUGCGAAGGUCUAGCCUCUUGCAAUGCGAAGGGAAUACUAUCAUUUCUCAGUUACUUUAAGACCCUGAGUAUUGCUUCGGCCCCGGGAAUCAAACCCGCGACCUCCCGCUCUGUAGUCAAGAGCUCUUCCGACUUAGCUAAUUUAGCUUUCCUUUCUAUUGCAGGUCUUGAUUGUGAGAUUGAUAUUUCGAAGUCUAUUCAGAAUGUAAGAGCCCAGCGAUCUGGUAUGGUCCAAACUGAGGUGGGUUUAAGUUCUUUUCUAGCGUCAUUAACCCUUCAAACCCUAAGAUCAAAAUUUGAAUUCUCAUUUGUUGCCCCUAUUCAUUUCCUACAAAAGUAGUGGGGAGAAGUUGAUAAAAUGUCAAACAAAUUCAUCUUGUGUGUUCAAGUCUGUAAUUCUCACGACCACUCUAUUUUACAAAGCAUUAAUAUUACAAGGGGAAAUUUGAUGCUGGUCACUCUUUUGGCUUAAAAGGUUAAUUCGUAUAGAAAAUGCGAAUGAAAUUAAUGUUAAAUGAGUGUUUGGAAAUCAGAAGAAAAGCUCCUUAUUUUUGCGCCAUUGAUUUCUCCUUCUUGAUUUAUCUUUUAAGAGAAUUGGUAUCUAGACUGCGAGUGAUCUCUCGUUUUCUUCAGAUUUAGUGAGGGGAGUGCACGCGCGCGCGAGCACCGUGAAACAAAGCCUGGAGAUGCGACGUGCCUCUCCCGUCUCACUCCUUCAGUCAUGCGCGUGGUCACUUUCAUGUCUUGCGCGUUUCGCUCGACGAGUUAAGAGAAAAGACAGACCGCUUGCAGUCUAAGUGAUAUCAAACAUUUGAUUUCAGCACAAAAUCAAACACCUUGAAGUUCGUAAAAUAUAACCGCUGCGUGUUGUUCAGUCUACUGUGUUCUAAUUACCUGGUUAGUUCAGUUGGGAGGGCGCCGGCCUGCUGAGUAAAAGGUGGAGGGUUCAAACCCCGGCCGAACCAACACUCAGGGGCUUUAAAUAACUGAUAUGAAAGUGCUGCCUUUGAAAUGACGUCUGCAAACGGUUAGACUUUCUAGUCUUUUUUGACAAGGACGAAAAACCGUAGGCCCCAUUUCACAGCACUUUCACUCAUCUGGUUCUUGUGGGACAUAAAAGAACCCACACCACUGUUCGAAAAGAGAAGGGGACGUACACCCUGGUGGUGUGGCCAACCCUUCCUAGGCUGGUUGGGUUAUCUUUAAGGAGAGAUCUUAAUACAGGGAUAACCUCAUGAUCCUCCUUCAGGUGUCGUAAUGGCUACCUGUAAACAGUGUAUCUGUGUACACCUCUAACGGACACCUUGCUAAAACGGACACUUAGAGCUGGUCCCUGCCCUUCUUUACUCCUCUUACGGGCAUCUUGUCUAAGUCCCUCCAGACGUGCAAGAGUUAAUUUUGUUUUAUUUCCUCAUUAUAGGCUCAGUAUGAGUUUAUCUACAAAGCCAUCCAACAUUACAUCAGCACAGAAACAGCAAGAUUGAACAGCGACAAUGUAAGUACAGUAAAACCAGCAUUAAGCAGACACUAGAGGGAGGAAGCGAGGCCGAGUGCUCAGCGCGUCGGACUCACAAUCGGGCGGUCCCGAAUGCGAGUAUCGCUCUGAUCUUUUGCCUGAUUUAUUCUCUGUCGUCCAGAGUUCAAAUCCUCGACCAUGCUUUUAGAUAUUAACCUGGUGCCUCCUGCCUCCCAGUUGGGGUUUUUAAUCCUGUUAUGUCCGGUUUGGAUUAUUUGUUUCUAUUUAUUUGAGUUGAGUGACUGUAACUGGACAAGCUAAAUGCACUUGCCAUGGUAAACAAUCCUUCAACCGUAACCUUUGUUUCGAAUUGCGUUAUGGAACUGUUUGGGGGGACGAAUUUUGUCCCAGAUUCUCGCGCAACCUCGUAAUUGCCAAUUGCCACUUUGAGGUUGCGCGGGAGACCGGGUCGAGGUGGUUGUCAAUGUGCUUUGUAGGACUGUUGUGGCGGACGCAUUUUCAAAAUGGCGGCAAAUUCAUCCCCCAAAACAGUCCCACAAAGCACGUUGACAACAAUCUUUACCCGGUCUCCCGCGCAACCUCAAAGUGGCGAAAAGAGUGUUUAAGCUUCAUGUAUACGGCAAACGGCAAUCGUCAGUUUCAAAUUGAGAAUUUCUCAAUAUAGAAAAUUAGCUGAUAAAAACAGCUCAAAACAAUUCUUAUGGAUAAAAAAAUUGCAUGAAACUACUACUUCAGGUGUAGAAAUAAUGAACAGUAAACGACAAGUAAUGGGGAAACUUGGUCACGUGGUGCAAAUUCGCGUUUGCCCUUUGACGUUAAUGUGAUGUUUAACCUCUCUAGUGUUAGAAGUAUCCUCAAAACCGUCUCUUAGUGCACUUCAACAUACAGAACGCACCGGUUCAAAAUUGCCAACAGCACAACUAAGAGAGAAAGCAGUUUGUCCUAAUCAGUCUAGAAUCAAAUACCGUAAAAUUCCGAAAAUAAGCCCCUCCAUGUAUAAGCCCCUCCAAAUAUAAGCUCUCCAAACCGGUAACGCAGAAAAACCCUCUGUUAAAUCGCCCCUCCAAAUAUACGCCCCCCGGUGGUUGUACUUGGAAAAUUGCCCUCAAAUACAAAGUAAAACGGUUAAUUUACUUUCAACUAUAAGGCUAGCCCAAUCGAUUUUGAAACGCAAAUUUCCCUCCGUAGAUAAGCCCUUCCGAAUAUAAGCCCCUCAAAAAGGGCUUUUGAAAAAUAUAAGCCCUGGGGCUUAUUUUCGGAAUUUUACGGUAACUCCUUAACAGAUAAGGGGAAUGUAAGACCAACCCAAAUAACUAUAACUAAGUCCAUAUUGUAUAUCGUUUAUGUAGUUAUGAAAAUGAAGUUGACAGUUCAUUGAAUGGUAUAGGUAUGUCUGCCCCAAGAAGGUAUGGUUUCUGAUCCUUUGUUAGCUAAGAUUGGGCCGGAAUUGAUUUUGGUCCCGCUCGUGAAAGCGGAAAAGGUUUUAUUCCCCUUCGUGAGAGCAGCAAUUGGAGGUGUUGCAUUCUUUUUAUGUUACUUUCUGUAUGAGCGCUAAUUGUAGUUUAUUCGUUGUUUUGUAGCCUCAACUAGCAGUGUAUGGAAAUUUGGCGAAUGUGAGGAAAGGAGGCGAUAGUGACGUCCCUCCACCGAUCCCUGCUUACAAACCUCCCGACAAACAACCUGCAAGGUCGGUUAUUUUAGUGUCAAGUAACCCCCCCCUCCCUUCCCCUUCUUUCAUAAAAACGUAA